CAAGCCAAUGGAGUCAUAGUUGUCUUCUAAAAUUACAUAGCAGAAGAAAAAAUAUUUUCCCUCACGUAUACAGUCCAUUUUCAAAGAAAUUUCGACGAAAGUGUUAUGAGUUGUGUACGGCGCGAGUGAAAAAAAUAUAAAACAGAACACCAAACGUUUCAGACAUUGCGUUUUCCGUGUGUAACAUAGUUACUUAGUAACGGAGUUAUUUUAUUAAUUCUGAAUCAACCAAAGAAGAAGAUGCAAAAAACACGUAAACCAUCCAGAAUCAAAGCCAAUAUUAGUUAUUAAAAACAAUAUUUAGUACUAAGCGUACUAUGUAUUUUGUGUAUUAAAUAGAAAGUAUUUAAUAGUCUUCAAAAUGUCUUUAGUUUCUUCGUCAAGGCUCGAGGGAUCCUCGUCCAGCCUGUCGGGGUCCUACCGGUCUACCUUGACCUCUUCGUCAAGCCUAGACAAUCCUUAUUGCAGGCCACGUAGUGGCUCAUAUGCAACUUCAACUAUCCGAUCUUACGGAGACACCGUCACCGAAUACAGAUCCAGAUAUUCCAUCGACAGUAAAGGAGAUAAGAAGUCUCUGAUAGAAUACUCUAGAACUUCCAGAGCUCCAAGCGUGACGGAUUCGGACAGCGGUAUCUCGUCCAGGCAUCGCUCUGACAGAAGCGAGUCCAGGUCUAGAGAUAUUUCGACGACAAGGAGCGAGAGCGGCAAAACUCUAAGCGACCCCCCGUCUAGAACGAAAAGAAAUUUCAGCUCGUCUGCUUUCAUGAGCACGGCCGAGCUUUACAAGUUGUAUUCGCCGUCGAACUACAUACCGUUGACGCAGAGAAUACAGCAGCAACAAAAGCUUCAGAAUCAGAAUUACGGGGAGAUAUCGAGAUCAAAGUCGAUCUCGAACGACAUCGGUAGACCACCAGCAGCCGACCCAUCACGCGCUCUAAGGAAAGCCAGGAACUCGGCUAUCGGAACCACAUCUGAAAGAACCGAAAGCCGACGUUACAAGGAUAGUUCUCCGACGUCGGGCUACACGAAACGAAACUCCCUUACGAACGGAGUGAGGGACAGUAAUGGCAAUGAGCUACCAUCUGUGCCCGAGAUGCGAAAGAAGUUCGAUCCAAAAAUGGCCGUCACCAAACUACCCGCAAACGAGAGUAGGUACGCGAAUAGGAGCAACGAUGAGCGGUACCUGAAUCAGCUCAAAGACUGCGAGAACGGUACCGUUGGGUACACGAAGCUACGUCCCAAAGACGACAAACCGGUACCCGUUCAUCUGCCUUACGUCAGCCGGAACGGUACGUGCAAAUGGGAAUCAGGCUCGUCUAGUUCGCGGUCGAAUUCCAAUUCCGAUCUGUCGAUUAACAAAACGGCAUCAGAAAGCAGUAUUUCGAAGUAUCUUCACGAUAAACCUAACGGCGCGAGUACGGUCUUAGCGUCGAAAAUCCCGCCCGACCAUUUGACGAGCGUCAAAAGUCAACUAGACCCCAACAAUCCAAUAGGGAAGAUUCUAGAGAAAUCGACCGUGAUCCAAGUUCAAAAUGGGGACGUAGAUUAUGCGGAACGCAAGAGAAUACGCAACAGUCCCGAAACGGUUAACAAAUUGAAAGACAACAUUAAAAACGACAUUGAAAAACAGGUCAAAAGUCAAAGGCACACGUCCGAUUUCGCUUCGUACAUACAAAUCUCGCAGCCGAUCGCCUCGGGCACGUCCGCGCUAAAGAAAAUUGAAAAUCACGUUAACGAGGAACCCGUGCCCACAGAGACGCGUAAGUCUAGAGCCGGCCUUAAAUACAUAGAUUCUGAGCAAGAGAAUGUAUCGCUGAACAAUGAAAUCGAAUCUCCAAGUGAGACGGGCUUCGAAAAUAAGACCUUCGAACACGAGAAUUAUCUAAAGAAGCGCUCGGAGAAGAGCGAAGGAGACUCGAAAGAGGAGGAUGGGGCCAAGUCCAUGGAGACCAGCGUUGAGAGUACUUUGAGCGAAUUGACCGAAGAUUCUAGUCCUGAAACUCCGUCUACAAGAAGGAAGCUCUUGGAUAAAGAAUACGAUGAUGUAAAAGGGGAAUUGGCCGGAGGCAAAAGCGGUCCUAGCGGCCUGCGCCGGAGCACCGAUCGAUCGGAAUCACUCUCCGAAUCCAGGAAUGAGCGGCAGUCAAGUCACACCAGUGGUCUGAACGGCCUCAGGAACAUCGGCAACACGUGUUUCAUGAAUAGCGUCCUCCAGUGCCUGUCGAACACCAAGCCGCUGCUGGAAUACGUCUCCGAAGACAAGUAUUGCGAUGACAUCAACACUUCGCUGUCCUGCAUGAAGGGGGCCCUUAUCAAAGCCUUCGCGACGGUCAUCAAGGAGGUGUGGCGCAGUGGUGAGAGGGACGGGGUCGUGAACACCACCGCCCUGAAGUCCCAGGUUCAGAAGUUCGCGCCGCGCUUCAUGGGCUAUAGCCAGCAGGACGCGCAGGAGUUUCUUCGUUAUCUACUGGAAGGGCUCCACGAGGACGUGAACAGGGUCACAGUCAAACCGAAGCCUAUAUUGACGGAGAUCGACGACAAUCUAAGCGAUUCAGCGAAGGCAGCCGAAGCCUGGAGCCGCUACCUGAGGAUGGAGGACAGCCGCGUGGGCGACAUCUUCGUGGGGCAGCUGAAGUCGACCCUACGCUGCACCCACUGCAACCACGACAGCGUCACCUUCGAUCCCUUCUGGGACCUGAGCCUGCCGAUUCCGGCCCGGACCGGCAACCUGAAGCUGCAGCAGUGCCUACAGCACUUCGUGCGCGAGGAAGAGCUGGACGGUGACGAGAAACCGACAUGCUCGAAGUGCGGCGUGAGACGGAAGUGCCUCAAAUGGUUCACGGUCCAGAAGUUCCCUCAAGUGCUGGUCUUGCAUCUCAAAAGGUUCUCCCCGACGGAGCGGUUCCGCGGCAAGCUGAGCGUGGUGGUGGAGUUCCCCCUGAGCGGCCUCGACAUGUCGCCCUACGCCGCCGCGCGGGCCGGCGCGCCCGUCUACAACCUGUACGCCGUCAGCAACCACUCCGGUACAACGUACUCCGGCCACUACACGGCGUACUGCAAGCACCCGCACACCGGCGACUGGCACGAGUACAAUGACUCUAGGGUAACGCCCAUCAACCCGUCCAACGUGGUUUCGUCGGAGGCCUACGUGCUCUUCUAUGAGCUUUCACGUACGUAGCGAAAGCUCAAAGCCCGCCCGCUCGCUGGCUCCGCGCGCCAGUGACAGUUGACAGUGACACGCGUCACGCUGGACGACGGGCAAGGGGGUCGUGACACUUGAUAAAUGUUUUUUUUUAUACUCUUUUGUUUUGCUGACGGUACUUUUUUGUGAGUGGAGUUUUGUUUUUAUAAAACGAAUAAAUUAUUUUGUUGUUGAAAAUGAAUCGUCCAGUAGAAUGUCGGGUAAAUAGUGGUGGGUGUGGCGUUCGAUCAUGCGAUGGCGUCGGGGGUCGCGGGUUCAAGUUCCGACGCAACCAGAGUACGGACGACAAUGUUGAACGGAAAAUUCUUUUAGUCCUCCUUUUGGAGACACAUUUUUUUUAUUUCGAACGCUACAAUCAAAUUUUUUUUAAUAAAACUCGAAUCCGCGACCCCGUUUUCGUAGAGCUCAUG